ACUAAGGGAACUCGAAGUUUACUCAAGUGCUCGGUUUGAAAGGGAGAUCGGGGGGAUCUUUGUGCCCGUUGCCAUCCACUACUUGUACUAGCGUCUUCGAGGGGGAAGCUAUGCUCCGGGGAACGCGGAGAUUGCUGUCAGUAAAACUGCGAGCAAAACAGCCCGCCUUUCCCGUAUCUUCUUCUCGAGGUUUUGCUUGCAGCCCGACCACUGACAGGUGGGAACAAAAGCCAUCUUCUGUGGAAGCAAAGUGGAAAGACACAGCAGAAACUGUAAUUAUUGGAGGUGGUUGUGUUGGUGUCAGUCUUGCCUAUCAUUUGGCCAAGGCUGGCAUGAAGGAUGUAUUUUUGUUGGAAAAAUCUGAACUCACUGCUGGAUCUACUUGGCAUGCAGCGGGUUUGACAACAUAUUUCCAUCCUGGAAUAAAUCUGAAGAAAGUCCAUCAUUACAGCAUCAAGCUUUAUGAAAAGUUAGAGGAGGAAACAGGGCAGGCUGUGGGAUUUCAUUGCCCAGGGAGUGUUAGAAUUGCAUCAACUCCAACAAGAGUAGAUGAACUUAAAUACCAAAUGACUCGAACAGGUUGGCACCCCACAGAACAAUAUCUUAUUGAUCCAGAAAAAGUACAAGAAUUAUUUCCGUUAUUAAACAUGGAAAAGGUUUUAGCUGGUCUGUACAAUCCUGGAGAUGGUCAUAUAGAUCCUUAUUCACUUACUAUGGCCUUGGCUGCAGGAGCCAGGAAAUAUGGAGCUCAGUUAAAUUAUCCAGUUCAAGUAACUAAUUUAAAAUGUAGACUAGACGGAACAUGGGAAGUUGAAACUCCACAUGGAACAAUUAAAGCAAACAGAAUUGUGAAUACAGCUGGUUUCUGGGCUCGAGAAAUAGGUAGAAUGAUUGGACUACAUCAUCCACUUAUACCUGUUCAUCACCAAUAUAUUGUUACUGGAACUAUCCCUGAAGUGAAAGUCCUGAAGAAGGAAUUGGCUGUUCUUCGUGACUUAGAAGGUUCAUAUUAUCUAAGACAAGAAAGAGAUGGCCUUUUAUUAGGGCCAUAUGAAAAUCAAGAAAAAAUGAAACUGCAGAAAUCUUGGGUAGAAGAUGGAGUCCCACCAGGCUUUGGAAAGGAGCUUUUUGAAUCUGAUUUAGAUCGAAUAAUUGAUCAUGUCGAAGCUGCUAUGGAAAUGGUCCCUGUCCUGAGAGAAGCAGAUAUUAUCAAUGUAGUUGCAGGUCCUAUAACAUAUUCUCCAGAUAUUCUGCCAAUGGUGGGACCACAUCAGAGCGUUCAUAAUUAUUGGGUGGCCAUUGGUUUUGGGUAUGGAAUCAUUCAUGCUGGUGGGAUAGGAAAGUAUCUUAGUGACUGGAUACUCAGUGGAGAGCCUCCUUUUGAUCUAAUCGAAGUAGAUCCAAAUAGGUAUGGAAAGUGGACAACUAUAAAAUACACAGAAGUAAAAGCAAGAGAAUCGUAUGGUUUCAAUAAUAUUGUUGGAUUUCCUAAAGAAGAAAGAUUUGCUGGGAGACCUACAGAAAGAGUCAGUGGGCUUUAUGAAAACCUUAAGUCUAAAUGCUCCAUGGGAUUCCAUGCAGGCUGGGAACAACCUCAUUGGUUUUACAAACAUGGUGAUGACAUUGGAUACAAACCUAGUUUUCGACGCACAAAUUGGUUUGAACCUGUAGGUCGGGAAUAUCAACAAGUGAUGGAAAAAGUGGGUGUAAUUGAUCUUACUCCUUUUGGCAAGUUUAGCAUCAAAGGCAGUGAUUCAGUUAAACUUUUGGAUCAUCUCUUUGCAAAUGUGGUCCCAAAGAUGGGUUUCACAAAUAUAAGUCAUAUGUUAACCUUCAAAGGCGAAGUCUAUGCUGAACUUACAGUCUCUCAUCUGAAUCCAGGGGAAUUUUUAUUAAUUACUGGUUCUGGAUCAGAGCUUCAUGACUUAAGAUGGAUUGAAGAAGAGGCAUUUAGAGGACAAUACAAUGUUGACAUCGAAAAUAUUACAGAUGAAAUUGGAGUACUGGGUGUAGCAGGUCCAUAUGCACGGAAAGUUCUCCAGAAAUUAACUUCUGAAGAUCUUAGUGAUGCUGCAUUUAGUUUUCUACAGUCCAAGCAUUUAAGCAUUGGUAACAUUCAUGUUACUGCAAUUAGAAUUUCUUAUACGGGUGAACUAGGAUGGGAGUUGUACCACAAACGAGAAGAUACUGCAGCUCUAUAUUCUACAAUCAUGGAUGCUGGAUGUGAAGAAGGAAUUGACAACUUUGGAACAUACGCAAUGAAUACAUUACGUCUAGAAAAGGCUUUUCGUGCCUGGGGAGCAGAGAUGAAUUGCGACACCAAUCCACUGGAAGCUGGACUGCAAUAUUUUAUCAAAUUAAAUAAGCCAGCAGACUUCAUAGGAAAGAAAGCACUGAAACAAAUUAAAGAAAAGGGGCUUGAACGAAAACUUGUGUGUCUCAUCUUGAAAACAGAUGAUGUUGAUCCUGAAGGAAAUGAAAGUGUCUGGUAUAAUAACAAGGUUAUUGGCAACACCACAUCUGGAUGUUACAGCUAUAGUAUUCAGCAAAGUCUGGCUUUUGCAUACGUUCCUGUGGAACUCAGUAAAGUUGGACAGAAGUUGGAGGUUGAGUUGCUAGGCAAAAAUUACCCAGCAACUGUUGUUCAAGAACCACUGGUAAUGACUGAGCCAACAAGAACACGGCUUCAAAAGAAAGGCGGAAGUUCUAAAGUAUAAAUAAUCACAUAAUUGUCAUGAUGGACAAUUAAAGUGGGAUUACCUUGAUUUGAAAUAUUGCUAUAUUUGAAAUCCCAUGUGACUCGAAUCACAUAAGAUAGAAAAUAUGAAAGAGCAUGGCUGAAGUAAAAAGAUAAGUUGUGAAUAUUUGCAUUUCAUUUGGGGGGAAAUGUAACAACAAUAAUAAUCAUCCAUAAAGAAAUAUUCAAGAGAAAAAAAAUCAUGUUUACAUACUUAAAACAUUCAAUACUGCAGUGUUUAGUAGGUUCCUUCAAAUUGAUUUUAAGAACACUGAUUUUAACUGUAUGCCUAUAUCCAAAUUACCUGUGCCUUUAUUGUGUUAAGUGUUUGAUUAUCUGCCAGAAAUAUAAUAGCUCAUCUCUAAAUAAUUGAUGAGUAAUUCUGAUCUUAGGCAGAAAUUACUGUCCAUUGAUAUCUUUAAAAAUCAAGAGGAAAAGAAAGGGAGAAUUACAACUUGCAAAACAUUGUAAUAAAAAGAAAACAAGGUU